AUGGCAAAAGGAGACAGUCAAGUAUUCAAUGACGAGUUCCCUUUGUACAACAGCUGCCCUGCCAUGCAGGAGAUGUGGCAAAAGAAUGAGGCCAAUGAUAUCAAAAUAGAAAGUCCCCGAAGAACCUCAACGGCCUUAUCUGAGGCCUUACCUGAUAUUGUCUGCAGUCAGGUUUUGGAAAAUUCGCCGGAACCGGAGUCAAGCAUUGUGCUCCUUGGACGACAAAAAGGCGAUGACAGCAAUCGGUGGCUUUGUCAGCUUUAUGACCCUCAAACCGGUCUUGGACGUGUACUGGGCCGCUGAGGCCGUAUUCUGCUCAUCGGUGGAUUUAGUGAGGAAAACGGAUGGGAAGACAGCGCUUCUAGACUGGACGAACUGGAUGCUCGCACCGGUCUAUGGAAGCCUCUAGCGCCAAUGAAGACUCGACGGGCUUUCGGACAUACGGCGACUGUUGUUCACCUCGGAGGCCGAAAGGAUAGCGAUGAGGUGGUGGUCGUAUGCGGAGGUGAGGACGAAAAUCCCUUCAAUAUGCUCUCCUCUUGUGAGCUCUACCAUCCACACGAAAACCGCUGGUGGCACCUGCCUGACAUGAAGGUGAGGCGCUGUGGUGCGGCUGCUGCUGCCCUGCCAGACGGACGUCUCUUCGUUUUUGGCGGUGGCAGGGAGGGCAAUGAGAAUUCAGUGGAAUUCUGCCGCUUAAAUAAUUGGAGCAAAUUACGGGGUCCUGUCGCUUCCUCCUUCUGGCAUCAAGCCCUACCAAUGUCCUGGUGCAACCAGUGGAGACGUUACGAGCACGCAGCGGUCGCCUUCCAUAACCGCAUUUUUGUGGCUGGUGGGUGGCCCGAUGAAAGAGAAGUGCAAAUUUUCUGUCCACCGGCCUACGAAGACUAUAAUGCGUCCGGUCAAUGGACUCGUCUUAUGCUCCCUGAACAUCAGAUGAACUCGCAGCGUUCUGGCCUUUGCCUUCUCGUUCACAAGAACAGGCUUUUUGCCCUCGGUGGAGAUGGUUGGAACAGCGUCGAGGAGUUUUUACCUGAAGAAGCGAAAAAGGAGGCCUCGAAAGAGGAUGAUUUCACUUCUUGGCACUGGCUGGAACAAACAGCACCAGCAAGCAUCGAUCUGAUUAUGGCGGCCACUGUCAUCGGAUCAUGA